CUCCUCGCAAUCAACGAUGCGCAGCGCGGGGUUCGUGGCGACGGCCGCCAUCGCGCUCGGGUCGUUGGCGCUCAUCGGACCCGUCGCCGUGCGCUGGCAGAUCCCGGCGCAGUGUCUCGAGCACCAAGAGACUCGACCACUCGACGACGCGUUGACCUCGUACUUUGGCGUCGACGGCCUUGAUAACGCCCUUUGCAUCAUCGGCCACUUCUUCCAACAGAGUCAAGCGCUGCCGUCCGAGCCGAUCGCCGACAUCAUCAACGCGCUGCUCGUCAACUGCGUGGCCGCCAUGGCGCUCUUCAUGGGUAUCGAGUCCACGCGCCAGGGACCGCGUGGGCCGGUCGCGUGGCCAGUCGUCAUUGGCACGGCGUACCAAUGGGGCGGCAUCUUCUUUGCGGCGUCGGUGCUCUGGCUUCCGGCCUUCUUUGCAGCGUACCCAGAGCCGCUGGCGACCACGCGCGCGAUCCCUCUUCGCGACACGACGCUUGGCUCGGGUGCGCUGCUCUGGUUCAUCGGUCUCGGCACAUUCGCCUUUGCCGUCGUCUUCCAUGCCAUGCACUAUGCUCAUGGCAGCGUCUUUGCGCACGCCUUCAUCGUAUUUCAGUUUUGGCCGUCGCUCUUCCCGCUGCUCUACCCGGCAGUGCGCUGGUUGGCGCCGCACCCGAAGGUCGUCGCCGAGGCGGCGGCCGCCUCGACGACUGCGAGCUUCCUGUACCGCGCCUUUGCAGCGGCGUUGACGCUACAGCACUGGACCUCACUGGCUAUCGUUCUCGCUCACUCGGACGCUAUGGACCUCGUGCACGGACUCGCGAACUUUGUGUGCACAUACCCGCCGGACGCGAACCUGAUCCCGUCGUGGUUUCUCGUGGUCGACGGCGUCUCUGUCUUUGCCACGAUGACGCUUCUCGUCGUCGCCGAGGCGCGCAACGGCGCGCGGACGUUCGCGCACUUGGUGCUCGCGAGUAUCGUGCUCGGAGCGGGCGCCGCCUUUAGCCUCUUGUGUGCGACGCGCGAAGAUGCCAUUCGGUCGACGCACUUUGGCAAGAGCAAGCAGCAGUAGGUAGCGUACUAGUUUAAACCAACAAAACACCAGGUUUUAUUGACAAUA